CCGGAGCCGGAGCCGGGCAGCGCCGCAGGAUGGACCUCCCUGACCCCGCAGGUCCCGCCGCCCUCCCCAAGCACAUCCUGGACAUCUGGGUCAUCGUCUUGAUCAUCCUGGCCACUAUCCUCAUCAUGACGGCCCUGGUGCUCUGCCCAGCCACCGCCGUCAUCAUCUACCGGGUACGGACUCACCCCACACGCAAUGGCAUCGUCUGAGGCUGCCGUGGAAGCAACGAGGGACGGCGGCUUGCCGGGCAGGGGGCCACAGCCGUGGGACCCUGUGCUGAGGACCCCGCAGAGCCCGAUGGGGCACCCUGAGAGCAUGGGAGAGAUGGGCAGGAGCCGGGGUGAGCCAGCACCCAGACGCCUUUCCCUGUACCCGACUCUCGCUGGGUAAACCCACUGCCUCCUGUUUACCCACCGAGCUCACGGGGACUGUCGGGGAGAUGGCGGCCUGGGCACCAGCAGGAGAUGUGUGACUUUGCGGAUGCGCCCCGCUAGAAAUGACGCGCUCCCAUGAGGCAGACAGGCUGAUCUCGCCUUCGCUGGAGACUCCGUCUCCUCCCAGGCAAGCAGCAAGGAGUGGAAAUGCCUGGCAAAGUUAUUUCUUCUUUGGAAUCACAGCUGUUGGGGUGGUUGGGAAAGAAGGGUCAAAGCAAGAUGGGUGGUGGUUGUACAUUCAGAGACUCGGCUAAAAGCAUCAGCGACAGAGCCCAUCCUGGCUGCGCAGCAGAUGUGCAGCUGGCACUGGCUUCUCUAUUGGAUAUCUGCUGAAAUUGUAGGAAAACCCAAUGGGGCGCUCGGUUCCUCUGGGUCUCAUGGGGCAGAGGAGUGUGGGCAGCUCCUGCCAGCCUGCCUGCCCACACGCUGGCUGUGCUCAGUGCUCCUGCCGAUGGCGAGGGCCCCCACUGCUCACCCGGCACACCGGCCCCAUUGCAGGCGUCUGCGCACCCCUCACCUGGGCAGGCAAAGGGGGAGGAGCAGAGGGGUUCAUGG